GUACAACGUCCAAUUCCCGCUUCUGUACGCGCCUGAGUCUCACAAGAACAACAAGGAGUUCAACUGCGUGCAGAGGGCGCAUCAGAACUUUCUCGAGAAUAUUUCGUUUUUCUUUGUGUCCCUCCUCACCAGCGGCCUUGCGUACCCCUGGACAUCCACAGUUCUUGGGGUUAUCUUCCUGCUUGGCCGCAUUGUCUAUUUCCUUGGUUACUCCACUGGGAGCCCAGCGGCACGAAAUUAUGGAGC